AUGGACUUGGGGAAGCCCAUGAAGAGCGUGCUGGCCGUGGCGCUGCUGGUCAUCUUCCAGGUGUGCCUGUGCCAGGAUGAGGUCACGGACGAUUACAUCGGAGAGAACACCACGGUGGACUACACCCAGUUCGAGUCCGUGUGCGACAAGAAGGAAGUGCGGGACUUCAAGGCCUGGUUCCUGCCGGCCAUGUACUCCGUCAUCUGCUUCGUGGGCCUGGUGGGCAACGCGCUGGUCGUGCUGACCUACAUCUACUUCAAGAGGCUCAAGACCAUGACGGACACCUACCUGCUCAACCUGGCCAUAGCGGAUAUCCUCUUCCUCCUGACCCUCCCCUUCUGGGCGUACAGCGCGGCCAAGUCCUGGGUCUUCGGCGUCCACUUCUGCAAGUUCAUCUUCGGCAUCUACAAGAUCAGCUUCUUCAGCGGCAUGCUCCUGCUGCUCUGCAUCAGCAUCGACCGCUACGUGGCCAUCGUGCAGGCCGUGUCGGCCCACCGGCACCGGGCCCGCGUGCUCCUCAUCAGCAAGCUGUCCUGCGUGGGCAUCUGGGUCCUGGCCACCGUGCUCUCCGUCCCCGAGAUGCUGUACAGCGACAUCCUGAGGAGCAGCAGCGAGCAGGCCUUCCGGUGCUCGCUGGUCACCGAGCGGGGGGAGGCCCUGAUCGCCAUCCAGGUGGCCCAGAUGGUGAUGGGCUUCCUGAUCCCCCUGGUGGCCAUGAGCUUCUGCUACCUGGUCAUCAUCCGCACGCUGCUCCAGGCGCGCAACUUCGAGCGCAACAAGGCCAUCAAGGUGAUCAUCGCCGUGGUGGUGGUCUUCGUGGCCUUCCAGCUGCCCUACAACGGCGUGGUCCUGGCCAAGACCGUGGCCAACGCCAACGCCACCUGCGCGCUCAGCAAGCAGCUCAACAUCGCCUACGACAUCACCUACAGCCUGGCCAGCGUGCGCUGCUGCGUCAACCCGUUCCUGUACGCCUUCAUCGGCGUCAAGUUCCGCCACGACCUCUUCAAGCUCUUCAAGGACCUGGGCUGCCUCAGCCAGGAGCGCCUGCGGCAGUGGUCGUCCUGCAGGCACACCCGCCGCUCCUCCAUGAGCGUGGAGGCCGAGACCACCACCACCUUCUCCCCGUAG